UAAACCGAUCUACAUUCUUCAUUACCAUAUCAUCUCCCACCCCAUUCUCAAACCCAACUGAGUCUCUCACUCUCACUCUCACUCUCACUCAACAACAUUUCUGUAAACUUUAAUCGACAAGAAAAACACCUUAAUAUGAUCAUGGGGGUCUCCUUCCUCUCCACUGCCCCUUCUCUUCUUCCACUUGCUUCAGUCUCUUCUCUCAAUGUCAAUGCCAACACUUCUCGAAAUUCCACUCAACCAGUCUCAAUUCGUUGUAAUAAAAUAGAAGCUGCAGUUACCGAUGAGGAUGGGUUCCGACGUAGGGACGUUCUUAAAUGCAUUGGUGCCUCCAUUGGCAUGGAAUUAAUAGCAAGUUCCGGGACAUUUGUGGAAACUGCCAGUGCUGCUGAUUUGAUAGAACGAAGACAGCGAUCUGAAUUUCUUUCAAGUAUCAAGAGUACCCUUUAUACUGCAAUAAAGGCAAAUCCAGAUCUUAUCCCAUCCAUACUAACUUUGGCACUUAAUGAUGCUAUAACGUAUGACAAGGCUACCAAAACAGGAGGCCCAAAUGGAUCAAUAAGGUUCAGCUCAGAGAUAAGCAGACCUGAAAACAAAGGGUUUGCUGGUGCUUUGAAUUUGUUGGAGGAAGUUAAGAAGGAGAUUGAUUCUUACUCCAAGGGUGGACCUAUUUCCUAUGCUGAUCUCAUCCAAUUUGCGGCACAAAGUGCAACUAAAUCUACCUUCUUAGCUUCUGCUAUUCGUAAAUGUGGUGGGAAUGAAGAGAAGGGAAGCUUACUCUACUCAGCAUAUGGUUCAAAUGGGCAGUGGGGUUUGUUUGAUAGAACCUUUGGGAGAACAGAUGCCCAGGAGCCUGAUCCGGAGGGAAGGGUUCCCCAGUGGGAGAAAGCCACUGUACAAGAAAUGAAGGACAAGUUCGUUGCCAUUGGCUUUGGUCCUCGCCAGCUAGCUGUAAUGUCUGCAUUCUUGGGUCCUGAUCAAACGGCAACCGAAGCCUUAUUAGCCACAGAUCCUCAGGUUUUGCCUUGGGUUGAAAAAUAUCAACGCAGCCGAGAAACUGUAUCUCAGACAGAUUAUGAGGUUGAUUUGAUAACGACUCUCACAAAAUUGAGUAGCCUUGGCCAACAAAUCAAUUAUGAAGCAUAUACAUAUGCUCGCCCAAAAGUUGACAUCACAAAACUCAAAUUGUAGAGAAUAAAGUGAAGCAUCACUUAACCAGAGCACCAACCAAUUUCGGCCAAUGACUCAGAUUCUUGCAAUUUUAUUUUAAGAGCUAAAUGUCCGUAGAAAUUCUGUCUGAAAUGGAGUGAUGAGCAAUGCUAUGACUGAUGACAUUUUUACGAAAGAAAAGAAAGAUGUAUGUUUGUAUGGACUCCAUAAAAUUGAAAACUCGACGCUAUUUAAUAUUCUUAUUCUAAACUA